AAGGACAUAAAUAGUUAGUGGUGGUACAACAUAUGAUUUUAGAUAUUGAUUCCUACUUCAUAAUAACAAAACAUUCGGUUUUUUAGUAAACCAGCAUAAAUAUUCGUUUCCAAUCAAUUAAAUUAGCACAUAACUUUCGAUGGCCAGAAGCCAGCAAUUCGGAUGAUAUUGAAAAUGAUAACUCUACAUCAUCCUCGUCAUCACAUCCUGAUUACAACAUGGGCUACCCACCGGCAACAAAAAUCCCUAGGAUGGCGGACCCGGUCACAGUAAAAUUACUAAAAUAUUUUGACCAAUUCUCGACCCUGGUUAGAACAGGGGAAUUUGUGGUUGACCCAAAACGAGAAAAUGUGCCGGAUAUUGAAAUUGAGCUAAAAUUAAUUGAGACCGGAAAAGUUUUGAAGUUCCCAAUAUCACCGGAAGGAACUUUCACAAUUGAGGAAUUAUUGCCGUCAAAGUUUGAGCCAACUAACCCCCUAGAUUGGUCAAGACUGGAGGAAGGGAUGUUAAAUGGGGUUAAGGCUCAGUUAGGUUUGGAGACCGAACGCAUAUCCAUUUCCUUGCAAAAGUUAAUUAUCCAGAAACCCGGAACCCCAUGUCCCCCAGAGCUUAAUCAACUACGCAACAGAGAUGAAGAAUCGGAUAAAAGUUUUGGUCAUGUCAUCCUCCAGCUGCCCUCACUCUAUACAGGAGGCAAUUUCCGCUUCAGAUAUGAGGAAACAAGGCAAGAAUUUGACUUCUCCAUCCCCACUGGCGAUGUCAAAUGUCUCGCAUUCUUCAAUAAACUUGAACAUGACCCCAUCUUGUCUGGAAGUAGGACUUUCUUAAUCUACAAUUUGGUCAUAGAAUCCAAAAUCAAUUUUCUACCGGAAGCUCCCACCAUCCAAAAUAUUGUGCCCAGUCUUACCCAAGUCAUUCAAGAAUGGAAGGAAACCCAUGAUCUGGUAAAGGUAGUAAAAUAUUCGAACAGGAAUCUGAAACCUUCCGCGGUUUCCAAUUUUCUCCACGAUGUUCUUCAAGACAAUCAGGUCACUCUGUUCCACGAGAUUUUUACUUAUCGCGAAGGACCCCCAGAAUUAGAAACUCAAUACGUUGCAUUCCCCGAAUAUUCCAAUAUCGAAAAAUUGACACUAUUAACAAGUCCGGACCCCCAGGUGGAGGAAGCAUACCGUACAUUUAUACAAGACGAAGCAAACAAUGAAAUCCCCGAUGACGAAGGUGUACGAUUUCAUCUCACAUGGGGUGACCUCGCGGAACUAGAAAUGUUGCGGAAGCAACAUGACGCGGGCGAUGAAUCAAGUGUGGACAUGUACAUUUUUUUCGUGGGUGAAAAUAUUUUCCAUAAUAGAUGUUGGCUCAGAGGUUUUCCCUUUUGGCGACUUCAGACCUACUUGUUCCUAGCGAGGUAUCACAAUAUGGAAAAAACUCCCGAAUUUCAACACGCUGCUAAUAAUCUGGUAAUGCUGGAUAUUUCUUUGGAUCAAUUAACACUUAAAACCGAAUACGACGACUGCUUUAAAAACCUCAUUUUGAAAAAGUUCUCAAUAAAUUCAUCCAACUAGAAGAUCCCCACCUUGUGCAAAAAUUUAUACAAAUUUGUCACAAACACUCAGAUUAUAACAAGUUGUUCCCGCUAUUUUUAAAAGCUGGGAUUUCGCCAACCAUUUUAAAUACAUCCUUACAAGAUUUCUUCAACCUGGAUUACAUCGACGACGGGGAACAAUUUUUAGAUAAUCUCUAUAAUUUUGGCAGUCAUGUUAAAACCUUUAAUUUUUACGGAGAUAAGGAUACAGAAAAAAUAUAUUAUGAAGGAUUUACUGCAAUUCUUGGUAGGUAUGAAGAGAUGGAGGAAGACUAUGAAGAAUAUUUCGAGCAGAACGUUCUAUCCUACAUGUUGGAAUUUUUUCGAAUAUCCGAAAAAAUGGGGUAUAAUUUGUUCGAUUUUAUGAAUUCGAGGCCUCCUGAUAUCGUACAAGCAGCAUUAUUUGCAUGUACCUCAGACCCGAUAGACUUUGAAGUAGGAGUCGUGUUUAUUAGACUGGUGACGAACUUGUAUAGUUGCACCAGAUUGUUAGAAGAUUGGACAAAGGAAUCUGAAAAUUGCUUAGAGGAGGUUAUAUUUUUGACGUAUUUUUUCCAACUGGUUGAGAAGUUUGGUUCCGAUGCUAAAGGACUUUUAGGCGAUGUGAAAAAAUACAGAAAUUUGGUUGCGGCACUGUCAGAAAUUUCAUAUUUGGAAGAUGAAGAUGACGCCGACGAGGGGAGAGUGUCUGGAGCCCUUCCCAAAUUUUGGGUCCAGUUUGCCACAAGUUUAGCGUCAAGGAUUGAAAUGGUAUUGGAUUCCGAGGGGAAUAAAAUAGGCCAAGCUGGAGGUGUGGGAAACAAAUAUGGUGAGCGGUUAUACGUUGGGAGAGACACGCUGGACACGAUAAACAAAUUGUUGUCCUCUGCGAAGAAGAAUUAAAUGUGCAGAAAAUUCUAGGGUAGAGAAAUAUUAACAAUUCAGUUUUAGAAUAAUGAUAAAAAUAAAAAUAAUCUAUUGUCCAAGA